GCAACAUCAACAACCAGUGGCCAAUCGAUAUGCCUAAAGCGCUGCAUUGGGAGCGAUACGUGUUGCUUUGACCGCUCAUUGCUUCUGCCUCUGUGUAGCGGCGCUGUUCACACUUGGCUCGCUCACCACGAGUCACUGUCAAAGCCAUUUUCCAUCUUUGCGUCGCGAUCUUAUAUCGUUUGAACGGAGGUGUUUCUUGUAGCUGCCUGUUUCGUCCAUCUCCCACAUACGCUCACACGCACCUCGACAUCACCGCCGCCAUCGCUUCCUUUGCUUUGCUUUGCUUUGCUUUGCUUUGCUUUCAUCCUUUCCUUUCUUCUUUCCUUCUUUCCUUCCUGUUGCCUUCCACGCUUCCUUCCUUCGAUACACUUUGAUCCUCUUGACCUUUCUCUCUCCGCUGUGUCCCCCAAUGAACCAAGAACACGACGCCAUGCUGUCCCAAGUCUCUCGCCGAGUGCUCGCCACCGCCGGGCCCGCCCUCCGCCAGCAGCAGCGCCUCCUCACCGUGACGGUGUGUGGCGGGGGCAAUGCUGCCCACGUGGCCGCUGGGAUGUUCUCAAACCAAGGAGCAGAGGUCAAGCUCUUCUUCUCCUUCGAGCGACUCGAAGAGAUUCUGAACACGGUGCACAAGCACACCAAGUACUCUGUCGGCGGUCACUUCCUCAACACCACCCUCUGGUGCACAAACGCCAUCAUCCACCCUGGCAUCAGCUAUGGCAUCUGGCACGACUGGGACGGCAAGCCCGUGGCCGAGCAGCCGCUCUUCUACCAGAACUGCAACGACUUUACCGCCAACGUCCUCCAGACCCUCUCCGACGAGAUCCAGGCGUGCCGCGAUGUGAUUGCUGCGCGCACGACUGCAGACAUGUCCAAGUGGCAGCCCAUUGCCGAGUACAUGGUCGAUGUGUACGGUCACGUCAUCUCCGACACCAGCAGCCUCGCCAAGAUCUUUGCCACGAACGACGCGUUCCGCGGGCUAACUGCGCCGUGCACCCAGCUUGAUGACGGCACCUUCAUGCCAAACUUCAACACCCGCUACCUCACCGAGGAGAAGAUUGGGCACGAGUACCUUGUCGAUGGGAAGAUCCAGGGCGGGGACGUGUCGCACUCUGGCUGCCCGCAGCGGUUUGGCAUCAAGACGGUGGAGCAGCUCGUCGGCUGA